UUGGACUAGUAUCACGUGCAAGGCAUAUUUGCACACUGACAUCAUCCAAUCCCUAGCUAACACUUAGACAUCUCAUCUUCCGAUUUCUCCGACCGGUGCUCCUCCGUCAUCUCUCGACCGGUUUUCGCUCGUUUUCGGAAGUAAGCUGUUGGUUUUGAUUGAAAGAAUUGCAGAUGUUUUUGUUUUAGUUUUAGAUGAUUAUUUGAAGAUAAGCCGAUGAUUUCACGGUUCAUAAAAGCCAACGAAAGGGUAUUAUGGGGUGGCUUCUUCAUUGUAUUUGGCUUUUCUUUCUUUGGUGGUUUUCUUUAUACUGGAAUUAUAUCAAAGCUACUCCCUCCUUCAGAUGAUGCAAUUAUUUUUGCAAUACAAAAUGACGGGUAUUAUUGCAUCUUGGUACCUUUGACACUUCCAGUUAUUGUGGUUGCCGUAUACUUUUACUGGCUUAGCAUGAAAAUGUUCAAGCAUGCUUGAUCUUCUACUUGGUUUCAUGAAGUCUGUAAUUCUCAUUAUCACUACCCUUCGAUUGUGGUCUUUUUACUGGUGUUCAUUUGGAUCUUCAUGAAAUACAAUCAUUUGUUGUGCUUUUGAAUGAGCAAAUUGCAUCAUUUCACAUGCCUUUCCUAUAUAAAGAGAUGGUAUCUUAAUUUGAGCUCAAAAUGCACAAAAGGCACAGGUCUGGGACCAGUGUUGGCUAGGAUUGAAGAAAAAAGCUGGCGAGUAGGGCAUGUUUGAGGCUGGUUAAGGCACAACAAAUUGCUCAGUGGUGUUUAGGGCAACUGAACAUGAUUAGGCCUAAACCUGGGUCCAGGUCAAAGAUCAACGUGACAUAGCAUAUUGAUGAAUGUUCUUGUAUAUACAUUCAUAGGAAUGCCUAACUGCAAACAAAUGUGUUGUACAUAUACAUACAUGUUUUGUACAGAUACUCAUUGCUGUGGUUUAUAUUUGUAGCUUUUAUAAAGUUUUUAUCCAGUUUUACCAGCUGAAAUAAGUCCAGAAAAACGAUCAGUUGGCCUACUUCAUAGCGAUGUCUCUUACAAAAUAACAAACAGAGCAGAAACAUGGAAUGCUUUUCAAGCCUUUAGUUAUUACGGUCAAGGAGAAAUGAUCUUUUUCUUCACAAGAUUCUCAAGUAGUCAAGUACAACAUUUGAAGGCCUGUAUCAAUGAAUUUCAACAAGAGGUGAAUGAAAUGAAAGAGACCAAAGAAGAGCAGAUGCUGAUACUAAGGAAUUGAAAAAGAAGAAGCAAGAUGCAUGCUAUGUUUCGGUUUCUAGCUCAGUUACCUAAUGCUGCACAUCGUCCACACAGGAGUCAACUUUGCUUCAGCCGGAUCGGGAUAUGAUGAUAUUACAUCUCAACUUUCUCGAGUGAUUCCAGUGUCUAGACAGAUGAAACACUUUAAAGAGUAUAUUAAAAGGUUGAAGAAAGCUGUGGGGGUAGAAGAAGCAAAAAGAAUUAUUCAAGGGGCAUUAGUGUCAAUUAAUGCUGGAACAAAUGAUUUCACCAUUAGCUAUUAUGGUCUACGUACAAGAACAAGUGAUUUUGCUAUUGGUGAUUACCAGGAUUAUGUAUUGAAGAAGCUGCACUACUUCAUCAAUGUUCAAGAACAAACAGUGUCGAGACUAUGCAAAUCUACUAGGAUAAUAACUGUGAACGGGCAGUUUCCUGGCCCGAUUGUUGAUGUACGUAACGGAGAUGCAGUUGUCGUGAAAGUCACAAACAAAGCUCGUUACAAUGUCACUAUUCAUUGGCAUGGACUUAGACAUAUGCAAAACCCAUGGGCCGAUGGACCCGAAUACGUGACCCAAUGUCCGAUCAUGCCAGGCGGCUCGUACACAUAUAGGUUCAUCAUACAAGACCAGGAAGGCUCGUUGUGGUGGCAUGCUCAUAGUCGUUGGCUAAGAGCCACAGUCUAUGGUGCACUAAUUAUCCGUCCUAAGUUAGGUUCUUCAUACCCUUUUCCUACACCGAAACUAGAACUCCCCAUUGUUUUAGGCGAAUGGUGGAACCGGGAAAUCAUUAGCGUCCUACAACAAGCUUUGUUCAGUGGUGGCGCUCCUAACAUAUCCGAUGCGUUCACCAUCAAUGGUCAACCCGGUGAUCUUUACAAAUGUUCUAGACAAGAUACUGUAAAAUAUUCUGUGAACUCUGGUGACACGGUCCUCUUGAGAGUCAUCAACGCUGCACUCAAUCAACAACUUUUCUUCACCAUUGCGAACCACAAGCUGACUGUGGUUGCCACGGAUGCAGUCUACACUAAACCAUUUACCACCAAUGUUAUCAUGGUCGGACCAGGUCAAACCACGGAUGUCCUGCUAACAGCUGAUCAGAAACCUGGGAGUUACUACAUGGCUGCCAGAGCAUAUGCUACUGCUCAAAACGCGCCGUUUGACAACACAACCACCACUGCUAUUCUCGAGUACAAAUCCUCCUCUUCACAACCAAUUCUACCACCACUCCCUGCCUACAAUGACACCGACACUGUCAUGGCAUUUGCAAACCAAAUUAAAAGCCCUGGAAAAGUCGACGUCCCAACUAAAAUAGACGAAAAUUUAUUUUUUGCGGUAGGGUUCGGGUUCUUCAACUGUUCUCCAGGCCCACGUUGUCAAGGACCAAAUAACACAAGGUUUGGUGCUAGCAUGAACAACGUGUCAUUCGUGCUUCCCACACGGGCUUCAUUACUUCAAGCUUACACAAACAAGAUUCCCAAUAUUUACACAACUGAUUUCCCCCCAACACCACCAGUGAAGUUUGAUUACACUGGCAACGUGCCACGCGGGCUAUGGCAGCCCAUUAGGGGAACAAAACUUUACAAUCUAAAGUUCGGUUCUAAUGUUCAGAUUGUGUUGCAAGAUACAUCUAUCUUCUCAACUGAAGAUCAUCCAGUUCAUUUACAUGGGUACCAUUUCUAUGUAGUUGGACAAGGUUUUGGUAACUUUAACCCGUCUCAAGAUACUUCAAGAUUUAAUCUGAUUGAUCCACCACAACGAAACACAAUAGACGUCCCAGUUGGUGGAUGGGCUGCCAUUCGGUUCGUUGCUGAUAAUCCUGGAGUUUGGUUGAUGCAUUGUCACAUUGAUACUCAUCUUGCUUGGGGUUUUGGAAUGGCGUUCAUUGUAAAAAACGGAGUUGGACCAUCGCAAACACUCCUGCCCGCUCCCCUGGAUCUGCCUCGAUGCUGA